UAUUAUUGUUAGAUAAGGCGUUCCAUAUACCCAAAUGUGUAUACUUGUGUAGUAACAGGGUCAUAGGUCAACUCGUGCUUGCACGCACGGUGUGUAUGAGUUGUAUGCAUUGUACAUACGGACGUUGAGUCGUACUGAAUAAACUGUCCGCCAUAACCGUUCCACCACAACAAGUCGUCUCGCAAUUGUUCAUCAUUUCACCCACGUUUCGUGUUAAAUACACGACAAAUUGGCGACGAGGAUGGCGAAUGAGGACAGCCAUGCGCAAUUGCCGAUGGAAAGGAGCACUUUUCUCCCCCCUUUUUCGUCUCACUACGAUAAAGACGAAGAUUGGGACUGUUACGUGGAACGUUUUGAGCUCUUCUUACAGGCGCACGGGCUCGACCCGAGUCAAAGCACCCCACGGGUGGCAGCAAUGUUUCUCCACUCGAUAGGGCCGCACUAUUACAACGUUGUUCGGGAGCUCGUGGCGCCAAGCAAACCCAGCACAUUAUCGUACGGGGAACUGAAAAAAAUACUGCGGAAGCAUUUGAAGGCUCCACCGAUCAUAGUAGCGGAGAGACGCAAGCUUAUUAAGAGGGACCAGAUGUCAUCGGAAAGCAUAGCAGAUUACGUGGUAGCCCUCAAACAUCUGAGUCUCCAUUGCAACUACGGCGACAACCUCGACGAAAAUUUGAGAGACAGAUUCAUCAGCGGACUGCGCAGUGAGUCCACAUCACUCAAGCUCAUGGAAAAAGCCAGAGACAAACCUGCACUUACAUUUGUGGAAGCAGUGGACUUUGCACAAUCAAGAGAGGUGACUUUCGCUGAGGCACGGAGUAUGAGAGACGACAUGUCAAACCCAGUGAAAAGCAAGACAUCAGUCAACGCAGUUCGCCAAAACUUCAAGCCACGCAGGGGUGGACAGACUGGAUCUGGCCAAUGUUUCAGGUGCGGAAGGAGUUCGCAUCAUCCGGACCAAUAUUGGUUCAAAGAGACUAAAUGCAACCAGGUGCCAUCGCAUCGGACACAUCGCAAGGAAGUGCAACUCCAGCGGUUUCACGGGCAGGACAGACCGCAGAGAGAACAGGAAUUCAAGCCGUCGGGACUUUGAAAGAGAACCUCCAAAGCACGACCAAGACAGACAAGGACCGGACAAGUUCCAAAGGGCACCAGCAAGGCCACGAAAGGACAGAGUGGGACAAACAAAGAACAGUAGGCCAAAGACGGUAAAUAUAGUGAGCCAAGUACGUAGUACCAGUAGCGACUCCGAAGUCGAUGAUGAUUAUACAGUGUUAAAAUGUGCAGCAGAUACUUGGAGGACUAGGAACCAGUCUAACAUUUGCUGCGUUGGCGGCCAUUUCCGAUCCCGGCCGUUCAGUGGAGGUAGGAGCUUUAAAAAAACCAACCAAACAAUGACUCAUCGCCAUCAUUCGUGAUGUAAUUGACGUCAUCAUCGCUCGAUCGAGCGACCUGAGCACAAUCUAGCCACGUCACUAGAUUGAGCGCAUGCAGGUCCCGGACCUGACGAACCAUCAAUACCGAUGGUUCGUGUACAAACCAGAAUGAGCCAAUAAGACAACAGCGCCGAUGGUUUGUGCACUGACAGAUACAACCAAUGAGAGAGCAUACAAUCACUGGUGGUCAUCGGCCCAGUGGCCUUGCCUAGCUCAGCUAUCAGUGAGAUUUACGUAACGUUGCGUAACAAAGUGUAUGUAUGGAAACUGUGGUCAGGGCCCUGGCCCUGCACAAGGCCAUGCAUGUGCGUGCUAUCUUAAUAUGUUAAUGUAACGUACACUUUGUACGGUUGAAACCUUAUAAUUAUUUGCUUCUAUUUCUGGACAAAGGUUUGCUGCUUGCACUUUAAUAUAUUAGACAGACAUGGUUGUACGGAAACUUGGAGAACGAAACUCUAAACAGGAAUAUGCUGAAAUGUAGUGCUCACUGAUAAAGAGAACUGGAGUUCACAUGAACAUGUCCACCGUGCAGACAAGUCCUGGGAGAGAAUAUUCAACCGACGGCGAGAUUACCUACAUAAGCUACAGGAUUUAAUGUCUCCAUUAUCUGGGCAAUUCCACCGUGACUAACAUUACGUAUCAAAUCAGCUCUAAUGUCUAAACAAUUACAGCCAACUGAACCAUGUUUGGCAAAGGGGUUACUAGGACCUAAAUACACAAUACAGUAUUGAAUCUUUGAAAUUUCAUGGUUAGCUUUUUUGACUUAGGGGGUUGUUUAGUGCCGUGAUAGUCACGAAAAUUUGGGACUCUCAAUACUGUGUAUGAGAGUCCCAAAACGGGAACUAGCGGGAACUCAAUUUACUUCACAUUUCUCCAUAGUCAAGC